GGCUUCCUCUCAAUAUGUGGGCAUCAACUAUGCAUAGAUGUGGCCUUCUCACGUCCUCUAAGGUGCCAGUGCCUUUGAAAAGCAUUUCUGUGGAUGUCCUUGUCCGAAGUUUCGUGGCUGAUGUAGUAGCUGAACUCCAAUACCAGAAUGAGGAGAAGAACCCUGUGGAGGUCACCUUUGUCUUCCCUCUGGAUGAUGAGGCUGCAGUAUAUGCCUUUGAGGGUCUGAUCGGUGGGACACGGAUUGAGGCCCAGAUCCGAGAGAAGAAGCAGGCAGAGCAAGAAUAUGAGGAUGCCCUGAGCCAAGGCCACCAAGCUUUCCUGCUUGAGAGAGAAGAAAACACCAGUGACAUUUUCACAUGCAACCUGGGCAAUCUUCCUCCUGGUGCCGAGGCCACACUGAAACUGCGUUACGUUCAAGCUCUAGCUGUGGAACCGGAUGGCGCUGCCCGUUUUGUCCUGCCCACUGUCCUGAACCCCCGCUAUGUUCCUGAAGGCUCAGAAGGGGGCACUGUUUCCCAGCAGAUACCACGAGUGCCCACAGGAGCUCUGCCCUACACACUCAGCCUCAGCGCCAGUGUGGAGUCCCCCUACACCAUCAACCGCGUGGGCUCAAAAUGCACUCUUGAUCCUUUGCAGUAUUUGACAGAGGACCGGACCACUGCCCAG